AUGCGUCGGGCGGCCUUCCAAGCAGUGCGUUCCGUCCGUCGCCCCAGUGUGCGCAAGCAUGCACGCAGCCGGGUUGCCUCUGCCGCGCCGAGCAAUGGACUGCUAGCCUACCGCGGCCUCUGCCACGCCCACGCCCACGCCCACGCCCACGCCCACCACGCCGCCCAUCACGUCCGCGCGCGUGCCUUGCCGACCGUCCUCACGUCGUCGAUGCAGUUCCGCGCCAUCACGGGCGCGCUGGUAGCUGCCGCUGUCGCCUCGGGUGCGUUCUAUGCUUACAACGGCAACCAGUCGACCACGACGCCCGCCUCGCCCAUCCACCAGGCACAGAGCCUGAGCACGCAGGCCGGCAGUGAGCCGACGCGCAAGGCACUGGUGGUCGGCCAGGGCGAGCUGUACACAGGCACCAUCACCGGCUCGGGCCCCAUUUCCAAGGAGACGGACGAGUACGGCCGGCGGGUGGUCGAGAUGCUGGACCCGGACCAGGCCACGGCCAAGCUGCGCAAGAACGAGGAGUCGUGGCUGGUUGGGCGCGGCCAGGGCGUCGUGCGCUAUGACGUCGUCCAGAUACCCAGCAACGACCCCAUCGAGGAUGACCACGCCGAGAAAAUCAUCGAGGUGCCCUCCAACCUGGCCGCCACAGACAACGGUGCGCCGGCCAGCGACUGGAUGUUCUGGGGCGUUUUCGACGGACACAGCGGCUGGGUGACGUCGGCCAAACUCCGCCAGACGCUCAUCUCCUACGUGGCCCGCGAGCUCAACACGACGUACAAGUCGGCCCUCGAAGACCCUGCCCUGCACGUGCCCACCCCCGAGGCCAUCGACCGAGCCAUCAAGACGGGCUUCGUGCUCCUCGACAACGACAUCGUCCACGAGUCCGUCAAGAAGGUCAAGGUCGCCAAGUCCAAGAUUGCCGCUGCCGAACUGCUGGCCCCCGCCCUGUCUGGCUCCUGCGCCCUGCUGUCCUUCUACGACAGCCGGUCUAAGCUCCUCCGAGUCGCCUGCACCGGCGACUCGCGCGCCGUGCUGGGCCGCAGAGGUGCCAACGGCAAAUGGACUGCUACCCCCCUAUCCGAAGACCAGACGGGCGGCACCACUAGCGAAGCAGAGCGACUGCGCAAGGAGCACCCCGGCGAGCCAAACGUCGUCAGGAACGGUCGCAUUCUCGGUGGACUGGAGCCCUCCCGUGCUUUUGGUGAUGCAUCCUACAAGUGGUCCCUCGAGACCAACGCCGAGCUGAAGAAGUCGUACUUUGCCCGCUCGCCUUCGUCGCUCUUGAAAACCCCUCCCUACGUCACCGCUGAGCCCAUCAUCACAACAACCAAAGUCGAGCCGGAAAAGGGCGACUUUGUAGUCAUGGCCACGGACGGACUGUGGGAGAUGCUCACCAACGAGGAGGUAGUUGGCCUUGUCGGCCAGUGGCUCGAUACCCAAGGCAGCGUCAGCAGCGGAAACGCACAAACACAGUCAUGGCUGAAGAGCUGGUGGUCAUCCGAGAAGCAGCUGCCAAUCGACCAGAAAAACGACGGUGCUGGUGCAGGUCAGCGUGCGCCCAUCCGCCAGCAGCAAUGGGGCACCAAGACCAACUUGAACGAGCGAUUCGUCGUCGAGGACAAGAACGUAGCCACUCACCUGGUGCGAAAUGCGCUUGGCGGCAAGGACCAGGACCAGCUCAGCGCGCUGCUUACGCUACCGAGUCCUUUCUCGAGACGCUACAGGGAUGAUCUGACGGUCGAGGUCAUCUUCUUCGGAGAGGGCGCGGCCAACGGCAACGUGACACUGAACAGAGAAGCCAGUGCACAGGCAUCCGAGCCAAAAGCCAAGUUGUAG